AUGAAGCUCGCCAUUUUCCUCCCCCUCCUUGCGGCUAUACAAGUAGCGGCCAUCCCGCUCGAUACAAACAACGUCACAAGUAUCAAAAACGCCUGCGCGUUGAUCGCAGAUGGUCUCCUUGACUACUACGAUGGUAACAAGUAUGGCGGUACAGUAGGUAUGUUCACCUGGCCCUACUACUGGUGGGAAGCCGGUGGAGCGUGGGGCUCGUUGCUCGACUACUCGUAUUACAUGGAGAACCACACCUACGACGAGUUGAUCAAGACCGCACUCACGUACCAGGUCGGAGACGACUACAACUAUGUUCCACUUAAUCAGACCACAACGGAAGGUAAUGAUGACCAGGCCUUCUGGGGAAUUGCUGUGAUGUCCGCUGCGGAACGUAACUUUCUGAAUCCUUCCGACCCCAAGUUGGCCUGGCUUUCCUUGGCCCAGGCGGUGUUCAACACCAUGAGUUCCAGAUGGGACAUGGGUGACUGUAAUGGUGGACUCCGUUGGCAGAUUUUUCAGUGGAACACUGGAUACGACUACAAGAACUCUGUCUCCAACGGUGCGUUGUUCCACAUCGGUGCUCGUUUGGCGCGGUACACCGGAAACAACACCUACGUCGAUUGGUGUGAGAAGGUCUUUGACUGGAUGUACGGUGUUGGAUUGUUGACCGAGGGCGAGUGGUGGUUUGUGUAUGACGGUGUGAAGAUCUACAACAACUGUUCCAACAUCACCAAGUUGCAGUGGUCGUACAACCAGGGCCUCAUGUUGUCUGGAUGUGCGUACUUGUACAAUUUCACCGGUGACCAGAAAUGGUACAACAGAACCAUGAGUCUCUUGCACGCCACGACCGUGUUCUUCUACAAUAAGUCCGAGGACGCGCAGAUCAUGUAUGAAGCUUCAUGCCAGCUGCCUACCUCCAAUUAUGCUACAUGUAACAAUGACCAGCGGUCAUUCAAGGCGUAUCUCUCUCGGUUCUUGGGAUUGACGUCUAUUAUGGUUCCUGACACUUACGACAUCAUCCGCACCUGGCUCGUGGACUCUGCCAACGCCGCUUCGUGGUCUUCUUGUUCCGGAGGAAGCGACGGCCACACCUGCGGACUUUCGUGGACCAACACCACCUGGGACGGUUACUACGGCUUGGGAGAGCAGAUGAGUGCGUUGGAGGUGAUCCAGAACUUGCGUGUGCGCGAUUUCCCUCCUCCAUUGACUGCCAAUACUGGUGGUUCAUCUAUCGGUAACCCAGCCGCCGGCUUUGGCUCGUCCAGCAACAGCUUGGCUCCUCUUACGCUCAGCACAAAAGACAAGGUUGGCGCUGCGAUCAUCACUGCGGUUGUAGGUGUGGCAAUCAUUGGAACCACUGCGUGGUUGCUUAUUUAA